GUCCCGGUGCCCUCAGUUGUGAAACACAGACCGCAUGUUGCGUUCAGCGACGACUUAGGGAGGGAUCACGUGCCGACAUUGUACCGGGGGGCUCAACCUAACGCUGUAAAGGCGCCCUGGAGCGACAUCCAGCGUUCACACGCCCGCCCUUGAACCCGCUGCUUCACUUUUGACCGCCCACUCCACUCUCUCUCCUUUAACCCCGCCGGCUGCUCCGCACUUAUACACUUUCGCAACCACCACACAAACCCACAAACAACCUGCCGGCAAGAUGAACCCUGAAUACGACUACCUCUUCAAGCUUCUGCUCAUCGGUGAUUCCGGUGUCGGAAAGUCUUGUUUGCUUCUUCGUUUCGCCGACGACACCUAUACCGAGAGCUACAUCUCGACCAUCGGUGUCGAUUUCAAGAUCCGCACCAUCGAGCUGGAUGGUAAGACCGUUAAGCUCCAGAUCUGGGACACUGCGGGUCAGGAGCGCUUCCGUACGAUCACCUCUUCCUACUACCGUGGCGCUCACGGCAUUUGCGUCGUCUACGAUGUCACCGACAUGGACUCGUUCAACAACGUCAAGCAGUGGCUGCAGGAGAUUGACCGUUACGCCACCGAGGGUGUGAACAAGUUGCUCGUCGGUAACAAGUCCGAUAUGGCGGACAAGAAGGUCGUUGAGUACACGGUCGCCAAGGAGUUCGCCGACAGCCUCGGCAUCCCCUUCCUUGAGACUUCGGCCAAGAACGCCUCCAACGUCGAGCAGGCUUUCUUGACGAUGGCCCGCCAGAUCAAGGAGCGCAUGGGCACGACCACGGUCAACAACAAGCCCACGGUUCCCAUCGGCCAGGGCCAGGGUGUGCAGUCGGGCUCCGCUGGCGGCUGCUGUUAGAGGAUUUGUCGACGAGGUCAUUACGAUUUGCGGAGCCGGUCGUGCAUUUGAUGACUGGCCUCGCAGCCCACAUACAGCUGCUCAUCAUGUUUCGACAGCGUCUUUUUGCAUGGUAGAUGGCGGGCAGUCCUUUGGAUGCGCACUGGGGUUCAGGGUCACCGAUAAUAUGGCAAUGCGCACACCCUCUGCGGUUUGAGAGGCGGACAGUCAGAUUGCGAAGGAGGGCAGCCAUGGUGAAUACGGGUCACGGCGAUCAUGGUGUGCGAGUUGUCUAUUCCCUUUUCAACGAUUUUCCUGCGGUUUUAUGGCAG